AUGGUGUUUCUUGUCCUUAUCCAUGGUGGUCGAGAAGCAACAUCAAUGCCUCUUAAACCUCUUACGAAGUCUUUGAGUUUUGCUUUCACCACUUCUUUUGGAAGCAUAUGCUAUGGAUCACUCUUUACAGCUGCUAUACGAACAUUGUGGUUGGAGAUUCGGGGAUUGAGGUCAAAGAUUGGCAAAAAUGAAUGUUUGCUCUGUUGUGUUGAUUUUCUGUUUCAUCUAGUGGAGUUUUUAGUUCGUUUGUUCAACAAGUAUGCUUAUGUCCAGAUUGCAGUUUAUGGGAAAAAGUUUAAUCACUCAGCGAAAGAUGCGUGGGAAUUAUUCCAAUCAACUGGUGUUGAAGCACUUAUUGCUUGUGACUGUUCAGGUGUUGUUCUAUUGAUGGCAACACUCUUGUGUGGGCUUAUUGCUGGAACUUGUGCAGGAGUUUGGGCGUGA